UAUUUAUUUGUUUCCGACAUAAUAAAAGGAGAGAAAUUCGAAGGUAUAUCGUCGUCAAUUUUUCUCUUCUCAACCUUGAUCUGAUCCGAUCAUCGACUCAGAGGAAGACGGGAUGGCUUUGAACCCUCAGCUGUUCUCCAACGGGAUGCCAGUCCCAUUUCUGGGUGAGAUGUUCGUCCUAGCUCGGGACGGCGUCGAGUUCGAGGUCGACAAGAUCCCAGGAUCUGGUAGUGGUCAUGUCAAAGCAAAGGGAAUCAUCUACUUAUCAAAUGUGCGUAUUGUUUUUGUAGCAAAAAAGCCUGUCGGGAACUUCGUAGCUUUUGAUAUGCCCUUGUUACAUAUUCAUGAAGAUAAGUUCAACCAGCCAAUUUUCCACUGCAACAACAUUUCUGGAAAAGUGGAACCUGUUAUACCAGAAGAACAGCAUAGGGCCCUCUACUCCACUCAUUCCUUCAAGAUCUUGUUCAAGGAAGGUGGUUGUGGAACUUUUGUCCCUCUUUUCUUGAACCUGAUACAAUCUGUAAGACACUAUAAUCAGCACUAUAACGCUCCUGCCGAGGCCGUGCCUCGUGUCGACCCAUUGCAAGCUGCCCAGACUCCAGUGGAUGAGAUGAUUCGUUCUGCGUAUGUGGAUCCCAACGAUCCAACCAGGAUAUUCUUACAGCAGCCCACAUCGGAGUCUCAGCUGCGACGCAGAACCUACCACCAGCCUGCAGAGAAUGCCUAUUAGUUUGUCUUAUACGGUACACGGCAUAUUUUUCAGACAAUAAUAAUUAAAAAUUUAUGGAGCGUAUAUAUGAUAAUUUACACGUUUAACUGGACAUAAUGUUCAUAUGGAUGCACUUGUUAUUCGCUUUGUUUGUUGAUGCUGCGAGAGCUGAUUUUCGUUAAGUGUUAUUAUA